AUGACUUAUUCUCAAGUGCUUCAACAUUUAUUGCAGUUAAAAUUGGAUAAUUUGAGGAGCAUGCCACCUCCUCCUGAGAGGCUCCCUGCAGGUUAUAAUCCUAACGCUCGCUGCAAAUUUCAUUCCAGCGGUAUAGGCCACGAUAUGGAGAACUAUUGGGCCCUUAAAUACAAAGUGAAAGAAUUAUUGGAUUCCAAGGCCAUUCAGUUCACCCCAGGGAAUGGACCUAAUGUUAUUCAAAAUCCGAUGUCAGCUCAUGUCGGACCCAUUAUUAAUGUUAUGGAAGAGGGUGAGAGUCUGAAUUUGAUCAUGGAUGUGAACCUGUUGUCUACUCCUUUGUCGUAUGUUCAGAUUUACCUGAUCCAAAAUGGUAUUUUUCCUCGGUGUUCCCCAGAUUGUUGUGAGUUCCAGAAUCAGCCCGAGGGAUGUGCUAGUUUGAAGAUUGGGAUUCAGAAUUUGAUCAGUGAAGGUAUUCUACAGUGUGACAGGAUCGUGAAAGACGAGAAAGUUGAAGAGACAUGUGUGGUAGUAAUUUCCAUUCCAUAUACUCUUGUAAAUAUUCCAGCGCCUCCUAGGCCUACUCCCUUGACAAUCACAUUGCCUGAUCCUAUCCCUUACGCCAGAAGAAUUACCAGAAGUGGUAGCGUAUAUUCUCCACAAAACGUCCAAGAUAAUGAUGAUGCCUUGGUGAAAGCCAAGGGUAAACAAGUGGUGGGUGAUAAUUCAGGAUCCAUACAAGUUAAUACUCCAAAUAUAGUACCUGGAACUUGCUUGUCACAAGAAGUUGAAGAGUUAUUGAGAUUAAUUAGAAAAAGUGAUUACAAAGUAAUAUAUCAUCUAAGCCAGACGCCGUCUAAAAUUUCAAUCUUGUCCUUGUUAUUAUGUUCCGAAGCUCAUAGAAAUGCCUUGAUGAAAUUAUUGAGUUCUUCUUUUGUUCCACAAAACAUCAUUGUCAACCAGUUAGAGGGGGUUAUGGCCAGUAUUUCAGCUGAUAGCGGUCUGGAUUUUACAGACUUUGAUCUCCCUCUAGAAGGACGCAAUCAUAACAAAGCCUUGCACAUUUCUAUGGAAUGCAAAGGAACUACAUUAUCCCGUGUGUUGGUGGACAUCGGAUCAUCCUUGAAUGUGCUACCUAAAUCUACCCUAAUGAAGAUUGAUUAUGUAGGAGUCAAAUUACACCCUAGCGACUUGAUAGUUAGGGCUUUUGAUGGGUCUCGAAGAGCUGAUUUUGGUGAGGUAGACUUACUUGUUAAAAUUGGACCUCAAGUAUUUGGUGCAACAUUCUUCGUCAUGGACAUACAGCCUGCAUAUUGUUGUUUGCUUGGACGCCCGUGGAUUCAUGGGGCAGGCACUGUAACAUCUACAUUGCAUCAGAAAAUGAAAUUUCCAAGUGAUAGUAAGAUUGUUACUGUGUGCACGAGGAAGAGUACAUGA